UCUUGUCUAUUUCGCUUCUGUGGUCGGCAACCGAUGUUAUGCUUUUAGGAAACACAAAUAUCUACUUAGAAGUUUGCCUAGAUUAUUGAUCCUGCAUGUCUAUGACUUACUCCAUCCGGGAAAAUAAAGACACCGACACCAUAUACUUUUUAAAGUUUGUGAGAGAUCAUAACAUCAGACAUGGUGCUGCUCAUCUUCCUCAUAAAUCAGUCCUUAUGUAGGAUACCUGAUAAAAAUUGAAGGCAAGUCAACGCCAUGGGCAACCAAGACAACUUGGAAGAUGUGUUUGUAGCUGUCGUUCGUCCAAAGAACCAUGUCAGUUUGAGCUCUAAGGAAUAUCGGGCUAAAGCCUAUGAGAUCCUGUUGAUAGAAGUUCCUUUGGAAGGAAAAGAGAAAAAACGGAAGAAGGUCUUACUGGCGACCAAAAUCCAAGCCAAUGGGGACACAUCCAGAUCCAUUUUGAAUUAUGUAGAAGAAAUGACUAAACCCAUAUCUAACAACAAGGGUUUUAUUGGAAAGCGUGUGGUGCACAUGAAGAAAUUCCAUCUCGAUGGUGACAAUGAAGGAAAAGAGGUCUCCCUCUUUUUUGUGCCAAUUAAUGUCAAAGAUAAUAGCAAGCCUAUCUACAACCCUGGGAGCCCAAGUUUUUACUGCCUCCAGGAUAUCAUGCGUGUGUGUAGCGAGACCAGCACUCAUUUCUCCUCCAUCACCUCAAAGAUGCUCCUGGCCUUGGACAAGUGGCUGGCAGAGAAGCACACCAUGCCUCACGCCAUUGCAGCUCUGUUCCGGCCCGCACCGGUGGACCGAGUCAAGACCAACGUGAGUAACCCUGCAUACACCAGCGAGGGCAAACCCAGUGAUGGGGAUUUGCACAUGGGCUACACCGCCUUGGAGAUCAAGAGCAAGAUGCUGUCACUGGAGAAGGCCGACAUGUGCAUUCAAAACCCUCUCUAUGGCUCAGACCUGCAGUAUACCAACCGGGUGGACAAAGUUAUCAUCAACCCUUACUUUGGCCUUGGUGCUCCGGAUUACUCUAAAAUCCAGAUCCCUACGAGAGAAAAGUGGCAGCACGGCUCUAACAAUGUGACGGAGGAAAAGGAGCACCAGUGGGUGGAUGACUUCCCCCUACACCGCAGUGCCUGUGAAGGUGACACAGAGCUGCUCACAAAGCUCCUGGAAAGUGGCUUCUCAGUCAAACAGCUGGACAGCGACCACUGGGCCCCCAUCCACUACGCCUGCUGGUAUGGUAAAGUGGAGGCGACAAAGCUACUGCUGGAGAAGGGAAACUGUAACCCCAACUUGCUGAAUGGCCAACUGAGCUCCCUGCUGCACUUUGCAGCUGGAGGGGGCCACUCAGAGAUAGUACAGCUUCUGCUCCAGCAUCCUGAGAUAGACCGGCACAUAGAGGAUCAGCAAAAGAGAUCGCCCCUGCAAAUCUGUGAAGAGAACAAGCAAAACGAAUGGGAGGAGACAGUGAAACUCCUACAGCAAGCCAAUAACAAACCAUACGAGAAGGUGCGCAUCUACCGCAUGGACGGCUCGUACCGCUCGGUGGAGCUGAAGCACGGCAACAACACAUCAGUGCAGCAGAUCAUGGAGGGCAUGCGGCUUUCCAAGGACACCCAGCAGUACUUCACCAUCUGGAUCUGCUCCGAGAACCUCAACCUGCAGCUGAAGCCCUACCACAAGCCACUGCAGCACCUGCGUAUCUGGACAGAGAUUGUCACUGACCUCACUGUCCUGGACCCCCAGAGGGAGAACCCACAGCUCUUCCUCCGUAGAGAUGUCCGUCUGCCCCUCGACAUUGAGAAAAAGAUUGAGGACCCCCUGUCCAUCCUGAUCCUGUUUGAUGAAGCCAGACACUGCCUCCUCAAGGGCUUCUUCCCCUCCCCGGACAGCAAGCUGAUCACCCUGGCCAGCCUUCUGCUGCAGAUCAUCUACGGAAACUAUGAGAGCAAGAAGCACAAGCAGGGCUUCCUUAAUGAGGAAAACCUGAAAUCUAUUGUCCCAAUAUCCAAGGUGAAAAGCAAAGCACAUCAUUGGACAAGCAAGAUUCUUCAUGAGUAUAAGUGCUUCAGUAUGAGUGAGGGUGUGAGCAAAGAGAUGCACCACCUCCAGAGGCUCUUCCUGCAGAACUGCUGGGACAUCCCGACCUAUGGUGCCGCCUUCUUCACGGGCCAGGUCUUCACCAAGGCUAGCUCCAGCAACCACAAAGUCAUCCGCGUCUUCGUGGGUGUCAACACCAAGGGCAUGCACCUCAUGAACAUGGAGACCAAGGUACUUCUUAUCAGUCUGGAGUAUGGCUCUUUCAUGUGGCAGCUAGGGCACGCUGAUCAGUACUUUCAGAUUCACAGUCUGGAAAAUAAGAUGAAUUUCAUUGUGCACACCAAACAGGCUGGCCUUAUUGUUAAACUGUUAAUGAAGUUGAGUGGACAGAUGACUCCGAAUGACAGAAGUUUAACAGACAAGUAUGCAUAUGGUUGAUUCACUAUGUACUCUUUCCCCCAUUUGUUUUGCUUUCUUGUAUUGUAAUUUGCUUUUUUGAGGAAAAAGUAUUUUCACCAAUUACUUAGUUUUGUAUCACAAUAGAACAAGACAUGUUUCACAUUUGGUUUAUUUGAUAUUAAGAUUUCUGUUACAUUUGACAAAUUCUUACAUGCUGUAAUUUUUAUGGUUGUAAAUAAUGUGUAUUUAAUUAUUAAUUUUAAUAAAAUGAAUACUAUAUGAGUGUAAUUCCUUCUGUUUUGAUGAAAAUAGCACUGCCCAUAUCACUCAAUCUUGGGAGCAUAAUAAAAUUUUUAUCUGUGUGCA